UUACAAGUAUUGGAAUGUUGCACAUUGGUAUUGUGUUCGUUGUGUUUGGAGUUUUCUUAUGCGGGGCUGGUAUUAUUCCAGAUGAAACUAUGUCCUGGAAUGUAUUUAGUUCUAGCUCAGCCUGGUGGAAUGAAGUUACUUGCACCGGCUUAUUUUCCCUUGGAUUGGGUUUAUUUUUACUAAUUUUAAACUGUCUUAUAAGUCGGAAAGAGGAGGAGGACCUUGAGGACUACGUGCAGCGUCAGCUGACUAGAUCUCGUUCAGGACACCGCCUUGAGCGAGAUGUUGAAACCGGUGUGUUAACCACGCGUCAUGCUCGUAAGGCUGUUGCCUUAAAAAAAAACGGACGUAACAGCCAUCCAGCAGAUGUAGCCAUCGUAAAUUGCGGCCCUACCGAAACUAUUUGCAAUGGACCGAUAGUUGGACGUAAUGCUCUGGUGAUGUUAUUCUCGAAAAAAUUGUGGAGGAAGACACCCCUUAUUUAAAUGACCGCAGUUCUGGAAUAUCUCCGAUCGAAAUAGAAAAUGAUA